AUAGCAAUUCUCAUGUUACAGACCCGCUGAACACCAGGCAUCAGCAUGGUUCGCCUUUGGGCCAGACUUACCUUGAAGAGAUUCGUUAUUCUGAGCACAGUCGCGGGUUUUUUCUAUAUCAGCAGCUUGGUGGUUACACGUUGGAACACCACAGAAGCGAAGGAAAAUGAGUACAAAGACGGUCUGACCAUCACUUCGCCACAGCCGCUGGAUGAAAACAGGAAUUUGUCAGUGAUGACAAAUAACAGUGACCGGGGUGAAUUAAAGUCGAUAUCAGCCCCCGUCACGGUUGGGGGUGCACGGAAGGAAGACUCUCAUGAGAGACCUGGAGGAUAUGGGCAUCACUUGGGAAGGCGAGAGAAGGAAAGCACUGAUGACAAGAGAGUGGAAAUAAGUGGUGACUCACAUCGUCAUCAAGCUGGUGUGUUACGCCGAAGGGCGGUUAUACCGGCUAUACCGAUACAGAUACAGAUGAGAGCGGUGAAAGCGAAGAUAGAAAAAGAAAAUUCCCAAGUUCAAACGUACACCACAACUCAGGAGUCGGGGCACACGGAUACAGAGGUCAUCAACCCUCACCCUUACACCUUCACCAUCAACAACCCUGGGAAAUGCAGCGUUUCAGACGUGUUUCUCCUUAUCAUGGUGACAUCAGCGCCCAUGAACAGUUCACAGAGACACGCCAUCCGUCGAACUUGGGGCAACGAAAGUAACUCCGAGCCCGGAACUGUCAUCAAAACGGUCUUUACGGUAGGGAAAACAAACAAAUCUUCGAUACAGCUCGGACUGGAACGUGAAAACAUGCUCCAUAAAGACAUCAUCCAGGAGGACUUCGUGGAUUCGUACAAGAAUUUAACUCUGAAGACAGUCAUGUGUCUGAAGUGGGCGUCAGAAUUCUGCCCCGGGGCCAAGUUCGUCAUGAAAGCUGACGACGACACGUUUGUGAACAUCUACAGCUUAGUCAGACACCUGAAACAUAUGCCUGCAAGCAACACCAGCAAACUGGUGACAGGGUAUGUUUACACGGGUUCAAAACCGGUUAGAGUCAGCCACUCAAAGCGAGGGAAAUAUGACAAGUGGUACGUAAGCAAGGAAGAGUACCCGAGAGAAACGUUUCCCAAAUACCCCUGCGGGUUCGCUUACGUGAUGUCCAACGACGUCAUACGGCCGCUGUACGAAGUGUCGUUGACUCUGAAGUAUGUCUUCUUGGAGGAUGUGUUCCUUGGACUUUGUUUGGAGAAACUGGGAAUCGAACCCACGCACCAGCGCGGGUUCAAUAUAAGGAAGGCAGCGAUAACCCACUGUAUUUCUGAUAAACAACUGGCUUCCCACUGGCACAAAACGCCUCACGAUAUGGUCCACGCUUGGAACAGACUCAGCCACAACUGUAAAGUUGAAAAGUAUCAUGCACGCAAUCAGGCAUAUGUGCAUCUUCGGAGUAUCCGCGAGUGGGAAUAUCUCGAAAGACUUUAUAAUACAAACAGGUCUCUUAUCUAG